AGCUGACCGGGAGUCAGCCAGUGAGAAGUCGCUGGCUGUUGUAAAUAAACUGCUUCUUUCCAGAGCUGCUGAACAGCAGCGGCCGGUGCGGGACUGUGAGCAGCGGGCAGACAUGUCGGUGGAAACAGCAGCCAGCGGUGCGAGGGAAGCUGAGGAGAGCAGAGGAAGCAGCGGCCGACAGGAGGGCCCCGGAGGACUGUGGGACUCUGUGAAGAAAGCCGGGUUCGUCAUUGGAUCUGGGAUCUUAUUCUUGGCUGCGUUCGGGAACUCACUGACAUGGCACCUUCAGAGAUUCUGGGGAGCUUCGGGAGAUUUUUGGCAGAACUUGUGGACCAAGUUGUACGUGGCAUACGAGGGCCACGACGCUUCUUUGUUCUUCCUGGGGACCAUGCUUGUUCCCACUCUGGCCUUUUGGGGGUCAAAUGCUCUCCUGCUGUGGGUGGACAUCACUGGCACACCGUCCUUCAUCACCCGCUACCGUAUCCAGUUGGACAAGAACAACCCAGUGGAUCCAGCUAAGCUGCGCCAAGCCUUGAAGUGUGUCCUCUUCAACCAUGUGGUAAUCUCCGGGGCCAUGACUGUGGUUGUUUACUACCUGAUGAGCUGGAGAGGAAACCCCUGUGGCCCCGAGCUGCCCACCUUUCACUGGGCCCUGAUGGAGCUGGCCGCCUUCGCCAUCUUGGAGGAGAUUUUCUUCUACUAUUCACACAGGCUGUUCCACCACCCCAGCCUCUACAAGCAUUACCACAAACAGCACCACGAUUGGACCGCUCCCAUCGGUAUUGUCUCCAUCUACGCUCAUCCUCUGGAGCACGUGAUCUCCAACUUAUUGCCGGUGGUAAGCGGGCCGGUUCUUCUGGGCUCCCACGUGUCCACCACCUCCAUGUGGUACUGCGUAGCUCUGGUCAGCACCACCAUCUCCCACUGCGGAUACCACCUUCCUUUCCUGCCUUCUCCUGAGUUCCAUGACUUCCACCACCUCAGGUUCAAUCAGUGUUUUGGCGUUUUCGGCAUCCUGGACAGGCUCCACAGCACAGACAGCAAGUUCCGUCAGACCAAACAGUACGAGCGCCACACUCUGCUCACCAGCUUCACCCCGCUGAACGAGAGCAUCCCUGACACACAAAAGAAGGGCCAGUGAGGACUGCAACGGUCGAAUCUUAUGCGGGGAUAUGUAAUUCCCCAAUCGAUCUUAAAAACUUUGAUUUUUUUUUUUAAUAUUUUGAAUCUUCAGUCAAGUUUGACUGUCAAAGUUUGCCGAGCCUCUGCAGUCACCCACCUGACUUUUAUGUGCUAGUGUGUGGUCAUUGCACUAUAACAUACAGAUGUGAUUUUACUUUUAAGCUCGGUUACCUGUUAAUUUUUAACAAUAAAAAAGAAAGAAAGAGAGAAGUCAGGAUGGAAACAAGCUUUUCCUUUUUCUUGUCCGUUGUCUUGACAUUUGCUUCAUUUCACAUCUUUGAGUUUAGUCUGAAUUACAGUCAUCGGUGACUUAAGCUACAGCACAUUUGAAGUCUUUCUGUGAUUAACGGGGUGAAAGCAUGCAAGACAAAUGUGAAUGUUCCUGUUUGAUGUAUCUUAUUGUACUUUUAAAUGCAAUCGUUAAUUUCUAAUGAAUUCUUUAACUUCUUGUAAGUUUAGUAAAAGCACUUUCACCCAUUCAGACUCUUCUGUUGCGUUCACUGACCACUGGGACAGACGAGAAUCUG